AUGUCCAGGGAAUAUUGUGUCAAAUGCAUAUUCUCUGAACUCCCUCUGGCUGUAGCUGCUGAAAAGAUUAGUUUGAUCAUAGGCACUGGUGGCCCCGGAAUGCUCAGCCUCCCUGCCUCCACCAUAAGAUCGGGGACUGUUCCAUCUACCAUCGCCAUCAUCCUCUGUUGGGUCUAUGUCAUCUCGUCCAUCUCCUCCAUUGUCCUCGUCGCUGAGCACAGCUUCGCUGCCGUGGAAGAGAAUGGCAGAGAAGAGGUGAGCUUCACCUGGCUAGCAAUCAAUGCAUUAGGCCCGGAAGUCGGGGCCUUCGUCGUCGUCAUCUACAUCAGCCUCAGCUUUUCUCUUUUAGUUGCUUGCGUCUCGGGCAUUGGUUUUCUUAUAACGCAGCAGUUUCCUCACAUUACUCCAAUCUUAGCUCAUGUGAUUUCCCCCUCUUUCGUCGGAGUCGUACUCGGAUUCUUCCCUUUCAAGGCCAUUGAUGUUACUAAUCGAUUUCUAUGUUGUUUGAUGCUCUUCUCUAUUCCUUCUCUUGUGUCAAUUGGAGUGUGUGUCGGGAGAAGUGAUUUGUUGGGUUCUCUUUCUUAUGCUUGUUGGAGACCUGAAACAAUCUUAACAGCGAUUCUCGCGACGGUCCUCACUUUAGGAUUCCAUGUUGUUACCCCCUUUAUAUGUAAAAUUGCAGGGGAUUCAGUCUACAAUGCUAGUAAAGCUAUAUUAAUCGGAGGCUCUGUUCUGUUGGUGAUGGUUCUUUCGUGGAACGCAGUUAUUUUAGGACUAGCGGGGAUCUGCAAUAUGGGAUUUGAUGAUCCUAUCAAGCUUCUACUCUCGGUGAAUCCUUCGGCUUUGCCCGCUGUCCAAGGGUUUGCAUUUGCUGCAUUGGUGACUAGUCUGAUAGGUUAUGCUGUGAGCUUCCCAAAACAGUUAGAAGAUACAGUGAAGUUGAUAAUAGAAAUGUUUGAAAAGAAACGAAAAGUACUUCGAAUAGGUUCUGAUGAUAAUACAAGGGAAAGAUCAGGCAAUGGUGGAAUGUUAAUGAUUAUGUGGCUCGUGCUUCUUGUUCCGAUCUUCACCGCGUCUUUCUUCUCAACGGCCUUUUCUAAGGCUUUAGAUUUUUCAGGAGUAUAUGCAAAUUGCUUUCUCUUUGGAGUCCUCCCGCCUGCAAUGGCUUGGAUUCAUCGUUCAAGGAAGAGAUAUAGAUCAGCUCGUUUGACAGGAGAUCUCCUGCCAUGUGCAAAUUUGAUUCUCUCGGUGCUUUUCGGCAUUGCGGUCAUACUAGGGUUUUGGCAUUAGAUGGCAUGUAACAAGUAUAUCGGCAAAUGCUGCUACUCCAAAUAGCUCCCAAGGUACUAAAGGCUAUUGGAGGAAUCUUAAGUGAACAAUUAUUAGUGCUUUUUGAUUGGCCGUCUCAAGAAGAAAAGUGCUUUUUGGCUUGGCUGUAUCCAGAUACCAAUUAUACAGCUUCUGAAACAAACAAACAGGUCCUUAAUACUAGUACAAUUAGUAUCAUCAUCACAUUAAUUGGAACAUUGCUUUAGAAGCUGAGACAAUUUCUAUGAUCAAUACAUGGUCCACAGAUCCCCAUUAGAUAACCACUGUAUAAAGCAAUUGCUACUUUGUCUCUUUCUCAGAAACUUUAGAAUUCCUCCUCUGUGUCCUUCCUUGCCUUGUUAGAUUUUCUUUUCUUUUCCUUUUCUUUAGAACAGUGUAAUUUGAAUAGAACUGGUUCCAGAUUCUCUAGCAAUUACUCAGUGAAGUCUCCUAAU